AUGAAGUCCAGUACAUGUCCAGUUCUCAUUCAGAUUGUUGUGGUGCAACUCUUAGUGGUUGUGUGUGUUUCACAGAAUUAUGAUUUCUUCUAUUUUGUUCAGCAGUGGCCGGGGUCAUACUGUGAUAAAAGUAGUAGUUGUUGCUACCCUACCACAGGAAAGCCUGCAACAAACUUCAGCAUCCAUGGACUUUGGCCUAAUUAUGAUAAUGCAUCUUACCCAUCUAACUGUGAUUCCAACUACCCUUUUGAUCUAUCACAGAUCACAGACUUGGUAAGUAGUCUGCAAGUAAGCUGGCCAUCACUUUCGUGUCCUAGCAGCGACGACACAAAUUUUUGGGCACACGAAUGGGAUAAACACGGUACCUGCUCGGAGGAUGUCCUUAAUGAACAUGGUUACUUUGCAGCAGCUCUCAACCUUAAAGACCAAGUGGACCUCCUCCAAAUCCUCGAAAGUGCAGGUAUCCAACCAGAUGGUAGAUUUUACAGUGUGGAUAAUAUCACACAAGCAAUAGCAGGAGCAGUUGGAUAUACUCCUGGAAUAGAUUGCAACAAAGACACAUCCAGCAACAGUCAGCUAUACCAGAUUUACCUCUGUGUGGACACUUCUGGUGCCAACUUCAUAGAGUGCCCAGUACUGCCAAGUAGCAAAUGCAGUUCAAGCAUUGAAUUCCCUUCCUUCUAGCAUUAAAAUGGAAGAGAGUUCUCGAUUGCUUCACUGAUCGAUGAUGCCCCGGACUCUUGUCUUCCUCUAGUAGUUCUCUUCUUGGUUUCAAAAGAAAUGUAGAAAUUGUUGGUGUAUGUCUAAUAAAAAGUGGGGAGCUCCAUCACCUUGUGAGAAUAUUUCUUAUUCCCCUCUGAUUAUUUACUUUGGACAAGCCACCAAGAUGCCAUUUUCCAUAGUGUAACUGG